AAGGUUGUGCCCUCUUUUGAUAUGGGUUCCUCGUUUUCGAGUAGCAGUGAGUUUCCUGCUCAGGACUCCACAGCUGCGCUCACAGCUUCUUCCUCAAACCCACCCGCGAAAGCCGCCGUGUCGGCCUCUUCCGCACAGGACCCCGUGUUAAAGAACUGCUGGAGUUGUCGCGUGCUGUCUGGCUCUACGCUCUUAGGGGCGGGUACCUACGUCUACUUUGUUGCCAGGCGGCCCUUGAAGCAAGGAUUCCCUCCUGGCCCAGGCACUGUGGUGCAGAUGGUCACCGGCAUCAGUAUUGCCUGUUGGGGUGUAAUUGUUCUGAUAGACCCCAAAGGGAAGGACCACCAAGAUGUUUGAAAAUACCAGCAGUUCAUUGUUGUCUCCUAUCACUGGCUGCGCGGCAGACGGAACAAGCAUUGGGUUGGUGGAUAUUCUUUGCACACACUGCCAAGGAUGCGCUUAACCAUAGGACAUACCGAGAAGACCGUGAAAAUAUGAGCUGUCAUUCUUUGGCCAUGGAUCCUUACGGUUUACCCCCUCUCAGGUUAUAAAGGGACAAAAAAAUCCCUUGGAAGAAAACAUGAUUCUCUGUCUUGUCCAGGGAGGUUAUGUGUAGUUCAAUUUAUACUCAAAGAUAACGUUUUGAGAACAUAUUAAAAUGGGAUGAAUGGUAGGCCAAUAAUGAAAUAAACUAUUUUUUUAAAAUAAUAAGUAGUUCUUUUAAUUUUUCUUAUCAUAUCAACAGCUCUUGGCAACCUAACCUUGAAUAAUUACAUGGAAGUUGUUCAUGCUUUCCAAAGUUUCUUCAAGUCCAUCACUGAAUGAGAGCUGCUUAUUUGUUAUUUCAGCUGUAAGCCUUGGACCUAGCUAUU